AUGCUUCUCCGACGAGCCUUUACAGUCAGCAAAUGCUUUGCGUCCUUCCGGUUCGCCUCGGCAGAAGCUGCCGCUCUGCCACAUCAGGAUCGUUCAGUGUCUUCUAAGGUGCAACAAUUGGUUGACGAGAUCUCUGGAUUGAGUAUCCUAGAGGUGUCUGACCUGAAUUGGGCGCUGAAGAAGAAGCUGAACCUUCCUGACGUCCCAAUGGGAAUGAUGAGCGGAAUGGCGAUGGCCGCACCCGCGCCCGCUGCUGCUGCCGCUGACGAAGCAGCCGCAUCAGAUGCACCGCAGAAAAUGACCUUUGCCGUCAAGCUGACCAAGUUCAACGACGCGCAAAAGAUUGCCCUCAUCAAGGAGAUUAGAACGAUCGUGCCCGGGCUUAACUUGGUGCAAGCGAAAAAGUUUGUGGAAACGGCCCCGGUGACGGUGAAGGAAGAUAUGGGUAAGGCGGAAGCAGAGGAGUUGAAGGCCGCAUUGGAAAAGGUCGGGGCUACCUGCGAGUUGGCA